AUGGCUGAUAUUUUUGAUAUGGACGGGUAUGGAACCCCCUUACUGAGUGCGAUGAGAAAUUUGUCCUUGGAAACUGAAUCUAUUGAAAAUAACCGGACACAAAUUUUAAAUUACAAGUUAAUAGAUGAGACACAGUCGGCUUCAGCUCAAAAUGAGGAUGGACUUGACGUAUAUGAGGCCACCGACACCAUAACUGAAAACCUUCCUGAGAAAACAAAGCCAAUACACAUCAAGCGUCGAAGUGGCAGCCAAUCACAACAUCCACUGCUACUUCCCAGGCCACGUCGCAGAUCAUCAAUAGUGUCAUCAUAUGAAGUGAAGAUCCAGGAGGAUUAUGUUUCUUCGAGUAUCACCGAAGAUCACAACCCAAGCCUCCUUAUUAGUGAUGAAGGAACGUCAACUUACAAACCAAAGCUAUCUGACUUUGAGCCUAUUAAAGUAUUGGGAAAAGGCAGCUAUGGCAAAGUACUCCUCGUUAGAGAUUUAAGAACAGGACAUUUGUUUGCUCAGAAGCAGCUUUUGAAAGCAUCGAUGAUUAUAAAUAGAGAUGAGGAUGACCAAGAAGAUUCUCCUAAAGACAAGGAGCCGCAAAUUAACACCAAAAAUUAUCAACGAACCUUGAAUGAAAAGCAGAUUUUGGGAAUAGUGCAUCACCCCAACAUUGUCAAAUUGUAUUACGCCUUUCAGGACAAUAACAAGUUGUAUCUCAUUUUGGAGUAUUUGCAAGGGGGUGAGUUGUUUCACCAUUUAUCGAUGGAAAAGUUUAUGACUGAAAAGAACGCUGCAUAUUACUUGGCUCAAUGCAGCUUGGCACUCCAUUAUUUACACACAAAGGUGAAGGUGAUCUAUCGAGAUUUGAAGCCUGAGAACUGCAUGCUCAAUGCCCAUGGUAACCUUGUAUUGACUGAUUUUGGUCUUAGCAAGGUUGCAUCUGAUGACGACAAAUUAAACUCAAUUACGGGAACGAUUCAAUACAUGGCUCCGGAAGUGAUAAUGGGAGAAGAAUACGACUAUGGCGUUGAUUGGUGGAGCUUGGGCUGUGUCGCAUUUGACCUAUUGACUGGAGCUCCACCUUUUACAGGACUGGAUCCUGAUAAAGUAUUGAAGAAGAUCAAAAAUUCCAAGAAAACCUUGAAAUUCCCAUUUUAUUUGAGCAACGAUGCAAAGGACUUUUUACGGAAAAUGUUACAAGUGAGUCCUGAUAAGCGGUUUAAUGUGGAUGAUGAAUGGGAAAAGUACAAGAAGCACAACUUCUUUAGACAUAUUGAUUGGAAUUUGUUGGAAAAACUUGAUCUGGAGGAAAGUGCAGCUAAUGCUGUAUUGCCUCCCAUUUUACCAAUAAUUACGGAUCCAGUUCUAGCAGAAAACUUUGAUGGUGAAUUUACUGAAAUGGCCUUUACGCCGCAACAAAACAGCCUGUUGUUGAAGGACACUUUCCACAUGAAAGAUUUCUCCUACAUCAAUCCAAAAUUUAUAGACAAGAUAAAGUUACACGGUAAUUAA